GUUUAUUUUUCUUAAAGGGUAUGCUCUUCUCCUCAGUGGAAUGUAUAAAAUCCACACAGGACCUAGUCAAGCUCUAUCUGCACGAAUCAAAUCGCGUUUAUCGGGACAAGAUGGUAGAAGAAAAGGACUUUGAUCUUUUUGAUAAGAUCCAGGCAGAAGUGGUCAAGAAGAUGUUUGAUGAUAUGGACGAGACCGUGGAGUGGACCCGAAGCCUGAACAUGUAUUGCCACUUUGCAAAUGGUGUUGGUGAGCCCAAGUACAUGCCUGUGCAGUCGUGGGAGCUUUUGACCCAGACUCUGGCGGAGGCCCUGGAGAACCACAAUGAAGUCAACACGGUGAUGGACUUGGUUCUCUUCGAGGACGCCGUGCGCCACGUCUGCCACAUCAGCCGCAUCUUGGAGGCCCCACGGGGGAACGCUCUGCUGGUUGGUGUCGGGGGCAGCGGCAAGCAGAGUCUGACGAGGCUCGCGGCUUUCAUCAGCUCCAUGGACGUCUUCCAGAUCACGCUGCGGAAGGGCUACCAGAUUCCUGACUUCAAGGCGGACCUGGCCAGCUUGUGCCUGAAAACCGGGGUGAAGAAUGUCAGCACCGUGUUUCUCAUGACUGAUGCCCAGGUGGCUGAUGAGAAGUUUCUUGUGCUCAUCAAUGACCUCUUGGCAUCUGGAGAGAUCCCAGAGCUCUACUCUGACGAUGAAGUGGAAAACAUCAUAAGCAACGUGAGGAACGAAGUCAAGAGCCGAGGGCUGGUUGACAACACAGAGAACUGCUGGAAGUUCUUUAUAGAUCGGGUCCGACGACAGCUGAAGGUACAGGAGGACUUGCCGCCAGGGGAGGCAGGGCCGGAGAUGGCACAUGGGGGCUUCUCUGAGUAUUCUGGCCACAGCCAUCUGUAUCGAUUGUCUGGGGCGUGGGUGGCAAGGGGGCAGUGCCCUUCUCAGCCUGAGCCCCUGUGCAGGGAUGCCCUUCUCCCAUGCUUCGUGGGCAGUGGGCUCCCUCUCCCUUCGCACAGUCCCAGCAUCUCUGCUCUCUUGGCUAGAGAGGCCAGCUAGCAUUUACAG